UCGGUACACGUGGCAAUAAACGCAGCCUAGAUGGGGCAUCUCGGUUGGCGUGGACCCGUUGGGGCGAACGGCCUGUUUCCUAUGAUUCAAUGUCCUUGUUUUCCUGCCAUUUCUACUUUGAAGGUUGCAUGUUACUGACAGAAAUAAACCUGCUUCUGUGUUUAUGCCCUUGAAGUUUCCUAUGUAACAGGUACCUGGGAAUUAAUACUUUACCAGCAUUAGACAUUGCUGACAAGAAAGCCAAAAGCUGCCUGGUGGGUCAUAAUAUCAAAGCAAGUAUGCUGUCAACAGUGAUGAGAAUAUUAUUGUUGGGUAGUCUGCUCUUGCUCUGCGCAGAGAUGGCGUAUUGCAGUUCGGCCUCUCUUCACGGAGAUAUUACAAUGGGGUUUACAGUCGAUCUCUACCAUGCUGUUCGCUCGGUGAGGAAGAAGGGAAAUAUUCUUUGUUCACCCACGUCUAUCAGCGUUGGCCUCGCGAUGGUGGCACUGGGUGGGAGAGGAACAACUUUACAGCAGUUACGGAAAGGUUUACACUUUGAUAAAGGACCAGAAGGGGAGGAAUUUUCUAUGUUGAAAAAGCAGUCAAGCAUCAUGUCUACCAACAGUGAGAAAUGCCAGUUAAAACUUGCCAACGCACUGUACAUUCAAGACGGAUACAGUCUUUCUCAGCAAUAUCUCGGCGGCAUCCAGGAAUUCUUUGAUAAUGCUGUCAGGACAGUGAAUUUUCAAGAUUCCUCGUCUACCGCCAACAUUAUUAAUAAGUGGAUAGCUAAUCAGACCAGCGGCAAAGUCAACAACUUGGUCUCAAGUCAUUCUUUCAGCCCACUUACAAAACUAGUUUUGGUUAACGCCAUUUACUUCAAGGGGAGAUGGAAACAUGCAUUUAAUUCACAGAACACAAGACUGAUGGAGUUUUACAAGGAGGGUGGCUCUGUUGUGGAAAUCCCAAUGAUGCACCAACAGGCGAUGUGUAGAUUUGGCUAUUUUACGGCGGGUGAGAUGAGAUAUCAGGUCUUAGAACUGCCUUACAGCGGAGAGGAAGUCAGCAUUACCCUGGCUCUUCCCGAAGAAGGAGCUGAUCUAGUGGAAUUGGAAAGACAUCUUACACCACAGCUCAUAGACAAGUGGGAUUCCACAAUGGUGGAAGAUGAGAUUGAGAUCGGUCUCCCAAGGUUUAUAAUCCAACAGAAGCUAGAUUUGACAGAGCCACUUGAAGUCCUCAAUAUCACAGAAAUAUUUAAGGCUGGAGCUGAUCUAUCUGGGAUGACGGAGUCAGCUGACCUACACAUUUCUCAAGCAGUUCAUCGAGCGUUUAUUGAAAUCAAUGAAGAAGGAAGUGAGGCAGCGGCCUCAACAGGUUUGGCUGCUGCGAUCAUGAGCCUUCCUCGUCAUCAAUUCAUGGCAAAUCAUCCAUUCAUGUUUCUGAUACGGAGCAAGUUAACAGCUGCAGUGUUAUUUGUGGGACGACUAAUGGAACCUGAGAAGAUGAUUUCAUUUGGGAGAGAUAAGGAAGCGCUGUGAAAUAAAAUUACACAUCGCAAAGUA